CUUAGCAUAACCUCAAAACGUAAAUAAAUAUCAGCCAGUUAAUAAGCGAAUUGCUGUAAAUUAUUCAUUUUAUGUGAUUUUUACUAUAAUAACAAACGUAUUUUAUUACUGUUAAAUAAUUUAUCACAGGGAUAGACGAAUAAGUUACAAUGUCUAUCGAAAUAGAAUCCGCGGACGUGAUCCGGUUGAUCCAACAGUAUCUGAAGGAAUCGAAUCUCACGCGUACGCUUCAGACUUUGCAGGAAGAAACAGGUGUAUCCCUAAACACAGUGGAGAGUGUGGAUGGCUUCUGCGCAGACAUCAACAGCGGCCACUGGGACGCAGUGCUGGGCUGUGUGGCCGCACUCAAGCUGCCCGAGCGCAAGCUGGUGGAGCUCUAUGAACAGGUGGUCCUAGAGCUGAUCGAGCUGCGAGAGCUGGGCGCGGCGCGGCAGCUGCUGCGCAACUCGCACCCGUGCCGACUCAUGAAGCAACACCACACCGAUCGCUACAUACACUUAGAGAACCUUCUAUCCCGUUCGUACUUCGAUCCCCGAGAGGCGUACGGCGCAGGCGGCGGCAAGGAGCGGCGGCGCGCCGCCAUCGCCGCGUCGCUGGCCGGGGAGGUGUCCGUGGUGCCGUCCUCGCGCCUGCUGGCGCUGCUGGGGCAGGCGCUCAAGUGGCAGCAGCACCAGGGGCUGCUCCCGCCAGGCACAACCAUCGACUUGUUCCGAGGCAAGGCGGCCAUCCGAGACGAGGAGGACGACCAGUGCCCCACGCAGCUGUUCAAGACCAUCAAGUUCGGGCAGAAGUCGCACGUGGAGUGCGCGCGCUUCUCCCCCGACGGCCAGUACCUCGUCACCGGCUCCGUGGACGGCCUGGUCGAGGUGUGGAACUUCACAACGGGCAAGAUCCGCAAGGACCUGCGCUACCAGGCGCAGGAGGAGUACAUGAGCAUGGAGGAGGCGGUGCUGAGCCUGGCCUUCGCGCGCGACUCGGACACGCUGGCCGCCGGCGCCAACGACGGCCGCGUCAAGAUAUGGCGCGUGUCAACGGGCGCGGUGCAGCGGCGGCUGGAGCGCGCGCACUCGCGCGGCGUGACGUCACUGCAGUUCAGCAGGGACUCCUCGCAACUGCUCUCGGCCUCCUUCGACCGCACUGUCCGCAUCCACGGCCUUAAGUCCGGCAAGUUGCUUAAGGAGUUCCGCGGACACACGUCAUUUGUCAACGAGGCGGUGUUCACGCCGGACGGGCACGGCGUGCUGUCGGGCAGCAGCGACGGCUCGGUGAAGCUGUGGGCGCUGCGCACGGGCGAGUGCUCGGCCACGCUGAAGCCGCUGGGCGCCGCGGGCGAGGCCGCCGGCGCCGGCGCCGCCGAGCCGCCCGUCAACACGCUGCUGCUCACGCCCAAGAACCCCGAGCACUUCGUCGUCUGCAACCGCACCAACACUGUGGUGAUAAUGAACACGGCGGGGCAGACGGUGCGGUCGUUCUCGUCGGGGCGGCGCGAGCGCGAGGGCGGCUCGCUCACGUGCGCCGCGCUCUCCGCCAGGGGGCGCCUCGUGUACUGCGCCGGCGAGGACCUCGUGCUCUACGCCUUCUGCGCCAACACCGGCAAGCUGGAGCGCACCAUCAACAUCCACGAGAAGGCGGUGAUCGGCAUGACGCACCACCCGCACCAGAACCUGCUGGCCACCUACAGCGAGGACGGCCUGCUCAAGCUCUGGAAGCCCUGAACCCGCCUCGUGUGCCACCGGUAUCAUAUAGGAGUUACAAGGAUGGGAGUUUCCAUGCCAUCUCAACUGCGCGAUGUAUUGGAGUCGGUAUUAACUCAAUUAUUUACUUACUUUUGGUUAUUUUGUUCUUAAACUAUCAGUUAUAUAACAUUCUGUGACAGGAAUAACAUACAGGGUGAAAUAAAAGGGACCAGGAUACAUUCGGACUGGCGUGCUGUCGGUCAUUUCUAUGGAAAAGCCAUUUUUUCCGUUUUAAGCAUUGGUCCCAUAGUAAAAAUAAAAGUAGUUGAUUAUGACCUCAAAAGUCACAAUGCGAUGUACGGUUGGUCCUUUUAUUUCACCCUGUAUAUUUAAUAUCAUUAUUGAUAUCCCGGUCGUUGUGACAACGUCAUGUAACUACCAAUGUGAGAACAGGCUCUGAAAUUGUAAUUAUCAUUCUUUGUUUCGUAAAAAUCCCUGUAUGAGAAUAAGUUUAUUUUAGGUUCACAUUUGUGCCGAAGUUUAGUCAAAGGCGACACUUUGUAGCUUUCGAUAAGGGCUGGUUUGUUUGUGACUUUAUAUGAAUAAUCUGUAAAAUCGUCCUUAUAGCAAACUCUACAGUGGAACUUUUUGUUUGGAAACAACACAUUUAUUCACCUUGAAGUUUCUUUAUUUCGUUGCGGUGCUGCAUCUCUUUUGAUUCAAAUAAAUCGGAAAGAAGUGCAAAUACGCAACCCGAUAACAAAGUACGAUGUGAAUGGGGUGAAACUCUAGGCGACCAAUAUCAAGUAAAGGUGACAUCUAGACAUGAUAUCUUUAAUUUAUUGAUUAAGAUAGAUGUAAGGUUUAGUCAUUAAAGAUUUAUUAAGAUACAUGUAUGUUUCACUUGUAUCGUAUUUACAGUCGAAGGGUUAACUUGUCACUGUGACAAAGUAUAGGCUACUUGAUCCUUUUUUAGGG